AUGGUGAAACUCGAGUGCGGACCCGUGGUCGAGAUGCGGGGCGAAGACAUGGCGCGCAUCGUCGGGGACCUGGUCCCGGAGAGGCCCAUCGAGCCGUACGUGGACACCGACCUGAGGGUGUUCGAUCUGUCAAUCGAACAUGGCAACCAGACCAACGACAUGGUCACCCUCGAGGCCACCCGGGCGCUCAAGGUAGACAACGUGGGCGGCGUCAAGGGCGCCACCUUCACGGCCGAGAAGGACGUUCUCGAGAAGUACCGCUUCAAGCGCACCUGGAUGUCUCACAACACCGCCAUUUGUAACGCCCUCGGCGGCGACGUCUUCCGGAAGCCGAUGGUUUGCCGCAACAUCCCUCCGCUCGUGAAACAUUGGCGCAGAGCCAUCAUCAUCGCGCGCCACGCGUUCAGCGACCAGUACAACGACCAGGGCUUCGUGGUCCCCGGACCAGGCACGCUCCAGCCCAAGUACUCGCCCAGCAUGGGCGCUGCCAACAACAUUCACCAAAACAAGUAA